CUUCAAGAUAUGUACCUAGGUAUAUAAGCAUGUCGCUUACGACCGAUCUUAAUAACAAUAUUGGCAUUAAAGCGAGUAAGACGAUAAUGGCAGGCUUCCAUAAAAGGAAACUCGACGUUGAACUAUGAAGAUCCACAAUAUCGCUUAGAACAUGACCACCAAGCAUGCUUCUACAUAAAUAAGCCUUCAAUUCUUCUCCUGAGUUGAAAAUACCAUUCCGAAACCAAACACUUCCAUCACAGACAAGAUUCACACCACCCUUCACCAUGAAGACCACCGCUCUCAUCAGCUCAGCCCUCCUCUUCGGCGCUAAGAACGUCUUAGCAAACAAUGCUAUCUCCGACAGCGCAUUCUCGCAGAACAGUGGGAUUGCUGCCGCCCAAGCUGCUGCUCCGAUGUGGUAUAUGGCCUCCGGAACCUGUAUGCCUUCAGCGGCAGAAGAUGGCCAGGGCCACCAGACGAACGGUGUAGAUACUGACAACUGCAACAUCAACAAGUUGGGAAACGGUUGCCCUCCCCAGCCAGCUUGGCAAGGUUCCAACACCUGGUAUGGAAAUAUCCCGGGAGAGCCUUUCGACCAUAUUCCAACAUACUACAACGUUGUGAAAUGUGGUAACCAGUGGAAGAUCAUCUACUACGUAUACUUCAAGAAGGAUACCGGCCACAAGAGCGAUUGGGAAGGAGUUGUGAUUGCUUUCAACGACCAAGGUGGUGGAAGCUGGACCCGAUCUGACAUGGGCAUGGAGCAAGACGGAAGUCACCCAUGGAUCAACUGGGGUGAUAUCAACGACACGUUUGACGGCGAUGACGAUUGGCCGAACUGGGGCCAGAAAAACAGAGACCACGCGAAGGUCUACUUUGGAAAAUGGCACCACUCCGCGCACACUGAUUGGCACACAACCACUUUCAAGAACACUUGCCCUCCUAACUCUGCUAACGACUUCCGCAACUCCGACUACCAGUUUUGGUCUCGAGACAAUUUGCGCCAUGUCUCGGUCCUUAACCCUAGCUGGGACUGGGGCAAGGCUGGUUCGCCAGUUAACAUCGAUGUCUGCUCGUUCUAGACUACGAAAAGGAGCACUGCUUUAAUAGAUCAAGAUUGGAGGAGCAGCAAUGGAGGCUUAACUAUCGAGUUGGGAGAUCUACUGUCAUUCCCAUGCCACUGAGCCUCUUGAGUAUAUAGGCCUUGUCCAUUCUCAUCAUCGCCGUUAUCUAGCCCCUAUUUUCAUUCCCUGACCUGCCCCAUGUAUAUAGACUUCACUCCACACCCUUAGA